AUCCAACAGAAGAGACGCCGCGGAAGAGAAGGUGAAAUGAGAAGAGUGAAAAGGACGGCCGCAAAUUGUUUGAAUUGACGGGUUGGGAAGAGGAACUAUUAACCUUUGUGUUACAUUAGAUUAGAUCACUCUUCCCAAUUCCGUCAAUUCAGAUGAUUUCCGGUCCCCCCCUCCCUUUCCUUUUUACCUCUGUUUUCGAUAAUGUCUCCCAUUUUUUGCCGUGUAAGUGAUCUCAUUCUCAGAUGUGAAUCCCUUUAACCUUUUUUUAUAAUCUGGACCCUAAAAUAGGGACGCUUGGACGUGAGUCCAAUAUCAUGGACUCUUUGUUUAGGGUUAGUGUUUUACUGUUUAGAAUAUUUACGGUUCAAAAUAAUUUAAAUUGUAAAAUACUUUUUCAAUUUGUUUAUAUCAGAUUGCUUGUGGGUUUCUUUUUUCAAUCAUAUAUUUGCAUAAAUUUUGUAAUUUUAAAAUGAUAACGACACACAUCGUUGUGGGUUCCAUUUUGGAUGUACUCAUCAUGUCAUGAACUGAAUUUUUUAGUUCUCAUUUAAAAAAAUCAAAGAUGUGGUUUUUUAGCAUGAACAGACAAAAAAAAAAAAUUGAAAUUUUGGAUUCACUGUUUUAAUAAUGUUAACUGUUAAAAUCUCAAACCUGUAUACCAAAAUUGUAUUGGUGGGAAUCAACAAGUUCUUGUUGGUAUUUGUCAUCACUGUUCUUUCCAAUCCUGCACAACAUCGUGACGAACAAAUUUUCAAAAGUAUGUGUAAAAAUAUUUAUAGUUCUGUGUAAAAGGUGAUCGUUCAAGGUUCCAGCUUUGCGUAAGGAUUUAUGAUCAAGGCAAAGUUUCUAUUCUUAUAUAGAAAAAGUGACAAAGUUUGAAUCUUUUAUCUAAAUCUUUUCUCUCAAAGUUCAGCUCAGCUCUGUAGUGUGUUCUUAGAUUUGCAGAGGUAUAUGGUCAAUAUCUGAACUUUUUCUUUUACACUUUAUAGUUUUGAAUGAACUAGGGGAAUUGAAGGAAAAGUGAACCUGUUACUGGGCCAGGGAGGCUAGAUGCUUUAAUGCUUUGAUGUUAAAUCAUAGAUCAUGCUUGUUAUAUAGAUAUAUCUGAUAUUUACAUAACUUUCUCAUCUCUGUUAUGUGGCCUUUACACGAGCUUUUCAAUCACUAGAAUAUUUCAUCAAUUCUAUUAACAUUCUGUUUAACCGCAUCCUUCUUCUUUAUUUUCUAUUGUUUUACCUAUGGUGCUGGUGGGAGCUGCCGAGAUGCUUAACUUCUGCCUGUUCAUCCCUUUUUUCUGGGAACAAAUGUCUGUUCUACUUAGAAUACAACAAUUUUCAUGCUCAAUGUGGGUUAUUCUUGGGGUAUAGAUUGGGUACAUCUGAUGAACUGCGCUGCUCUACUAGCACUUUUUUUCUUGCUAGCAAGACUAGGACAAUUUUGUACGUAUAGUUUUUUUAAAACAAGAUUUAUGUCUUUUUACAUGGAGUGAUUCUGGUUAUUAAUCAGCCCUUGUUUUGUUUCAUGCUUCUGCGAUUGUGCAACAAGGUUGUUGAUUGCAGCCAUGACAGCAAAGCUACGCAUGUCCGGCGAGCUUUUGAAGUUGCAGCUCGGUGAAGUAAAGCAAUGAAACAAUGCUAUUUUGGUUUUGUUAUCUUUUGAAUGUUAUUUAGGUAAUAUGUUGUUGGUUUCAAAUUUUAGUUUGAAUUGAUAUGUUGUCUUUUUUCGUUGUUUAUUGAUAUGUAAGACCAUUGAAAACAAGACAUGGCAGCACAUAAAUUCUGAUAGC